AUGACCCGAAAUUCAUCUUCCAACUAUUCUAAAAAGAAUCCAAACGAUGAGCAACCUAUACCCAGGAAUAAUAAUAGAACUAAAAAUACUUCGUCUUGCAAUUAUUGUAGACUAAACAAAGUUAAAUGCGAUUAUUUAAGUAAUGGUCGAUGCAGGCGAUGUAUUAAUCAUAAUCGCAAAUGUGAAUCUGAUCCUCAGAAAAAGAGGGGCCCCAAAAAUAAAAAACCACCUGGAUCAAGUAUACAAUCUAGAGAAAAAAAUUUACAAAAUCUGGGUGAUGCAUUUUUGCGAUCUAUAAACGGGAGUGGUCAAGAUUUAGAUGUCUUAAUUCUAGAAACUCGGUCAAACUGGAAUAUGAAUCCUGUAACAACAAAUAAUGGAGGAAUUCUUUCUAUGGAAAGUUCUACUGAAAACUUUCAAAUGAACAAUGAACAAAAUAUAAAUUUUGCUGAAAACACUCCGACGUUACCAAAUUCAAUACAAGAAAGUUUGCAAAAUAUAACUUUGAAUGAGAAUUCUUCAAUAUUUGAUAAUAAUGAAUCAAUGCUAUCUCCAGAAAUAAAUAAUGAGCAAAUGUUAACUUGGUCACCUAGGACACCUUCACCGUUACCAAAUUCAACACAAGAAAGUUGGCAAAAUAGAACGUUGGACGAAAAUUCUUCAAUAAUUAAUAAUAAUGAAUCAAUGCUAUCUCCAGCAAUAAAUAAUGAUCAAAUAUUAACUUGGUCACCUAGGACUCCUUCACCAACUCGAGACAAUCAACAGAUAAACAAUGAACUUGUAGUUGACUGGCUUGGGAACGUUUCUAAUACAAAUGCUUUAAGCUCUUCAAGCAUAAGUUACAUGUAUCCAGGAAACCAACAACAAAAUUUGCCCGUUUUGCAAUUUCCAGAAAUAACUCCACAGAAUUUCGCAGAUUUAAGAACAGUAUCUCCCAUGGAAAUUAUUGGAUUGAAUAGCGAAGUCGAUUUUUCCCAAAGUUUUUGUAGUACACCAAAUAAUACAUUUAAUCAAUCACCUGUUUUAACUGGGGAUCUUCGACUCAUGUCAAUGCCAAUGUUGGGAGAUUUGUCACCACUUAUACCUCAAGAUCCUCAAGAAAUGUCAGUGUCAUUAUUUGGUGAUGCAUCACCCCUAAUAACUGCAAGUCUUCAACCUAUGUCAGGUGGUGCGUCACCCCUAAUAACUGCAAGACUUCAACCUAUGUCAGGUGAUGCAUCACCCCUUAUAACUGCAAGUCAUCAACCUAUGUCAUGUGAUGCAUCGCCUCUUAUCGGUUUAAUUCAAGCCACGGUAAUUCCAUCGCUUGAAGUAUCACCCCUUAUCAAUUUUUCAACUGAUCCUCAAGCCACGUCAAUGCCACAGCUUGAUUUGGGAUUGUCAUUUCUCGAUCUGAAUGAUGAAACAUCUAUAAAUUUCACCACGAAUUCCCAACCCGAUCAACAUCUAUUAUCA